ACCGACCGACCGACCGGCACACCCACAGGAGAAACGGCGGCGACGACGGCGGCGGUGGUUUGAGGGGCAAAUCGAUCAAUCGAUCGAUCGAUCGCUCGUCAAUAAUCACAGCGGCGGAUCGAAAAUCAUGGCCGCCGAAAAGAAGCCCAACACCAACCUGCUCUUCUCCUCCGACACCGACUUCAGCUUCCCCGUGCCCUUCAUCCCCGUCAGUCAGGCGGCGGCGGCGCCGGCGGACACGUCUCUCCUCUCAGCCGCAGAUGAAUCAACAGAUGUUGGUGAAGAGGAUAGUUUUCUGGGCCAGACUUCUGCUCCUAGCAACCAGCCACCAACAUUCAGCUAUUUUUCCCAGGCGAUAAGUAACAAUGAUCCUUUUGCAAAUAUCGGAAGCCCCUCUUUCACAACGACAACAUCACAAGCAGCGACAACUUCGUUCUCAAAGCCUCCAGCAGCAGUUGGUCUUGCCUCGACCACCCAAUCUGGGCAUGAUCCUUUUGCAUUUCAAGCUCCACAUUCUCAGCCAGGUUACGCAAGUCCCUUGGCUUCACAGUAUCCUAGCACAACUCACCAGAAUGCUCAACCUGGGAUCCCCCCACCGACUCCCUUCACAUCUCCUCCUCCCGUUCAGACCCAGCAGAGUUAUAACCCUUAUCGGCAAAAUCCACAGAGUAACCGAGCUAACCCAUACAUUGCCCCACCUCAGUUUCAACAAGGUCAAGCUCACCAGCAGAUGCCUCCCCAUCACCCUUCUGCAGCACCCACUCAAAUGUAUCACUCUCCACCACAUUCCUUGCCACAGCCACCUAUAGGGGAGAGCAUGGCUCUGACCCCCGUUUCUAAACCCAUAUCUUCAGCAAUACAACCAUUGCUCAGUUUGCCCUAUAACAUUUAUGAAGCUGUUCGACCGCACUGGUUCUUCUGCAAGUUGGUAGAAUGUAAACCAGUCUGGAUGCCGUUCAGUUUUCUGGACACAACGAAACUGGAGGAAGUUUUCAAUUCUGUACAACUGGACCCAGAGAAUGUUGUUGUAUGUACUGAUGGCGGUCGCUAUGAUGUUCGUCUGUACGAUCGCAUGAGACGUGCGGUGUAUUGGGAAGAAGAAGAUUCUGAAGUGAGGCGAUGCACUUGGUUUUACAAGGGGGACUCGGACAGCAGAUUUAUUCCUUACUCCGAGGAAUUCAGUGAGAAAUUAGAGGCGGAAUAUAAAAAAACCGUAACCAGCAACCAGUGGCACAGAAAACUAGAGUUCCCAAGUGGAGAAACCAUUGUUAUGCACAACCCCAAGGUGAUAGUUCAGUACCAGUCUUCCUCGAUGUCAGAUGAAUGGGGAAUGACACAGGAUGGGCAGACGAGGCCAAGAGUUGUCAAGCGAGGGAUCGAUGCUGAUCACGAUGAGAUUCCUGAAGGUGAGCUGGCUCAAGUCGAUCAUGUGGUUUUCAUGGCACAUGGAAUCGGACCCGUGUGUGACCUGCGCUUCAGGAGCAUUGUUGAAUGUGUCGAUGAGUUCAGAACCGUUUCUCUGAAACUACUGCGCACACAUUUUAAGAAAGCAGUGGAUCAGCAAAAACUCACUCGAGUUGAAUUUCUUCCUGUUCAUUGGCACAGUGCUCUUCAUGGAGAUGCCACUGGAGUAGAUAGGCGUAUCAAGAAAAUCACAUUACCAAGUAUAGGCCGCUUGCGCCAUUUUACCAAUGAGACUUUGUUGGAUAUAUUCUUCUACAACAGCCCUACGUACUGUCAGACCAUAGUGGAUAAAGUGAUUGCAGAAAUCAAUCGGCUAUAUGCUCUCUUCUUAAGUCGAAAUCCUGAUUUCAAAGGGGGCGUCUCAGUGGCAGGACACAGUCUAGGUUCCCUGAUCCUGUUUGAUCUGUUGGCAAAUCAGAAGGGACCCUCUUCACUGGGCGAUCACGGACAGCCAACAUCUAAUGGGACUAUGAAAGACUCUGUAAUCCCAGAGGAGGCUCAGGCAACUCAUGUAGCGAAUCCGAAUGUCCAAGAUCUUGAAGAUUCUGAUGAAUUAAAAGACAAGGAAGAAGAGGAGAUCGAGACUCUGCAGGAAGCAUUAGAGUCACUCGGGGUUUCUGAGUAUCUCAGCACUUUGGAACAGGAAAAAAUAGACAUGGAAUCCUUGCUUAUGUGCACCGUUGAUGACUUGAAGGAAAUGGGAAUUCCUCUUGGUCCAAGAAAGAAAAUUGCCAAUUUUGUGAAGGAGAAGGCAAACGCACAGAUGAGGAGAAAAGCUGCAGCAGAGAGAAAGGCAACAAUGGAAGCUCUGAAGAAAGCCAAGGAGGAAGCAGUCCAAAAAGCCAUGGGUGAGGCUGCGUGCCUGGCCUCAUUGGAAGCUGACAAGCAUGGAGCGCAGCUGAAAAGAAUGUUAUCCUACGGUGGCACCAACAUUUCAUCUGUUAAAGUUCACUAUGACCAUUUUGAAAUCGGUGCGGGCCAGGUUUCUGUGGCUUAUCCAGCACUGAACUUUGAACCAGAUAACUUCUUUGCCCUGGGAUCCCCUAUUGGUAUGUUUCUCACAGUGCGUGGGCUCGAGAGGAUUGAUGAAAACUACCGACUACCAACCUGCAAGGGAUUUUUCAAUAUUUAUCAUCCAUUGGAUCCUGUGGCGUACCGGAUCGAGCCCUUGAUUAUAUCUGACUUGGACCUCAAGCCAGUUCUUAUUCCACAUCACAAAGGCAGAAAAAGACUACAUCUUGAGUUGAAAGAGAGUCUGACUCGCAUGGGGUCAGAUCUAAAACACGGCUUCAUCAGUUCCCUAAAGAGUGCCUGGCAGACACUGAAUGAGUUUGCACGUGCCCACACUUCUUCAACCCAGCUGCAGGCCGAGUUGGAGAAGGUAGCUAAUCAGAUUAAAGAAGAGGAAGAAAAGCAUGUGGAGGAAGAACAAAAAUUGGUGGAAAGUCCAGAAUCACUGAAGGAUGAGGAUUCAGCGGUGAAGAUUGGACUGCUGAAUGGAGGGCACCGGAUAGAUUAUGUACUACAAGAAAAGCCGAUCGAGAGUUUCAAUGAAUAUCUGUUUGCUCUUCAGAGCCAUUUGUGUUACUGGGAAUCAGAAGACACUGUUUUGCUGAUACUUAAAGAGAUUUACAAAUGGAUGGGAAUCAGCCCUGAGCAGCCUCAGCAUUGAUGGGCAUUGAUUGCACUCUAUUUACCUAAACAUUAUCGGUCAUCCGAUGUGCUGUCACUUCUGCCAAGGACAAUUUGUGAUUUUAGACCUACCACUGAAAUCAGCUGCAUCUUUUAUCUUCCUCUUGGGACAAUUGUGUUUGCGCAAUCUACAAUCCUGCAAUAGAGAGAACAAACGUAUUUUUAAAAAAAAAACUUUAUUCAGCAAAAUACAGUGUUUGUUACCUGAUUGUCAGCAGUUUGGGAGAGUGUUUAAAUGAAUGAAGCACUGCAGCUGACUUAUUUGCUAAUUGAACAGGUCAUUGGCCUCCAGAGAUUGUUCACAUAUUGUUUUUUUAGGAUUCUUUGCUACACUUGCAUGGUGGUGCUGAUGAAAUGUAAAUUUCUCCCUCUCCUUGUUGACCAGGUAACUCAUUCCAUCCAUUAGUGCAAUUAAUCCACUUAACCUGCAGCAGUUUGCUUGACAGAUGAUUGAUUGAAGAUUCGGUGCACCUUAAACUAGCCCCCCAACCCCCCCCCACCCCCACACACGCACACACACACACACACGUUACUGCCAAAUCCCUUGUUUUGAAUAUCGAGUCACUGAUAAUAUAACCAUUUAUUUUAAUAGCUGAAUGAGAUUGUUUUGACGUAAGAGGAAAAUCUAGUGCUUUUCUUAACUUGCAUUUUCUUUUAAAGUUUAUUUGUGAAUUGUAUUCUGGCAAAUGCAUAAAUAAAUAUAGUAGAGUUUAAGUUAA